AGGUCCUUCACAACACGACGUCUCCGUUUGAAACCGGAAGUCGACCGACGAGCGUUUCAACCCAAUUCUUUCCGUUUCUGCUCGUUCCCUCCGAAGAGAAACUAUGUUGUCGAUAUUCAAGUCCAUUCCCUCGCACAUGGAUUAUAAAGGCCAGAAACUGGCUGAACAGAUUUUCCAAGGAAUAAUACUCAUCUCAGCGGUGAUUGGGUUUGUGUAUGGUCUGAUCAUUGAACAGUUUGGGUGGACCGUGUACAUCGUCUUGGCUGGCUUCGUUAUAUCCUGUGUGUUGACGCUGCCUCCAUGGCCCAUGUUCAGGAAGAAUCCUCUGUCCUGGCAGCCAACCAUACCAGAGAUCAGCGGGGAGUCCAUCCAAAAACCUCAGGAAAGUCUCAAGAAGAAGAAACACAAAUAACUCCCAUCGGUCCGGCUGCUCAGACAUCCCUUUGUCUCACUUCGUGGUCACAGUGUUUGAUAAUGAAUUACGUGUGUCCAAAUAAACAUCUGAUAUUGUUUCAUUUUUA